AUGAAUCAGCCUACGCCUCCAGUCUCUGCCAAUCCUUCCACCACUUCGGUCGCUUCACAACAUUCUCGCUCCGACGAUGAGAAGGUAACACAGUUGGCGGGUGAUACGGCUCACCUGUCGGUCAACGGGAAGCCCAAUGGCUCUGCCACACCCGCCAUCGAAAAGCCAAAGAAGCCAAAAAUGUCCUCUCGCCUGACCCGCAUGUUCUCGAGAACGGACGGCAAAGAAACCGAGCUUGCUAGAAACAAUGUCGAGAACUCUUCAACUGACACUCGUCACGAAGCAGACGGUACUAAGAGCCCUAGACCUUCGGUCGGCGGCAGGCUACCUUCCGCUGAGAAGAAAGAGAAGACGAGAGAAGGGUCGGUCGACGGACACCCAAGCAAACGCUUCGAGAUGCGCGAUGACGGCUCUCAUACUCACUAUCUCAAGUCACAAAAACGCAACGAGAAGCUGUCGGAUAUGCUCCGUGAUAUGCUUGGUGGCAAGAAGAAAGAGCACGAUAACGAGGAUAAGCAACUCUCCCUCAUGUCCAACUGGGUCGACCAGCUUCGUUCUGAGCGUGACUCCUUGGCCUCGGACAAGAAGGGAGGACCCAACGCCACAGCCAACCUUGUCGAGAAGUACGGCAAGUGUCAGGAGAUAGUCGGACGUGGCGCCUUUGGCAUUGUUCGCAUCUCCCAUAAACAAGACUCCGCCGGCCAUGAAAUGCUCUAUGCGGUCAAAGAAUUCCGACGUAGACCGCAGGAGACCUCCAAGAAGUACCAAAAACGCUUGACAUCCGAAUUCUGUAUUAGUAGCUCGCUACGCCAUCCCAAUGUCAUUCACACCUUGGACUUGCUGCAGGACGCCAAGGGUGACUACUGCGAAGUCAUGGAGUAUUGCGCCGGCGGUGACCUCUACACCUUGAUUCUUGCUGCUGGGACCCUCCAAGUGCUCGAGGCGGACUGCUACUUCAAACAGCUUAUGCGCGGUGUCGAGUAUAUGCAUGAAAUGGGCGUGGCUCAUCGAGACUUGAAGCCUGAGAACCUCCUGCUUACUACCCAUGGUGCACUCAAGAUUACCGACUUCGGCAACGGAGAGUGUUUCCGCAUGGCUUGGGAGAAGGAGGCGCAUAUGACAGCCGGACUCUGUGGCUCUGCUCCUUACAUAGCGCCCGAGGAGUAUGCUGGAGGUGAGUUCGACCCCAGAGCCGUCGAUGUCUGGGCCUGUGGUGUAAUCUACAUGGCCAUGCGGACAGGACGGCAUCUGUGGCGCCUAGCCAGAAAGGAUGAGGAUGAGUUCUAUGCCCGCUACCUCGAGGGCAGGCGAGAUGAAGAUGGCUACGCUCCCAUCGAGAGCUUGCACAGGGCACGUUGUCGCAAUGUCAUCUACUCCAUUCUCGACCCCAACCCGGGCCGGCGCAUCACUGCCAGCCAGGUGCUCAAAUCAGAAUGGGGACGCGAAAUCAAAGUGUGCAAGGCUGGUGAGGAGGGUUACUAG